AUGGAUCCACAGCUCCAGUACUGGACAUGUAGACAGAAGUCCUCCAUGGGCACCAAAUUUUGGCAGCAGUCUGUUGAGGACAAAGAGGACAAGACCCCCACGUGGCAGAAGUUCACCCAGGCAGAGAUGGCAGAGGCUGUGGAACGAGACCGGAAGCGCCGAGAGGAGAGGCUGGACGCCUGUGCCGCCAAACUCAAGCAGCUGGACCAGAAGUGCAAGCAGGCUUAG